CACUUAUCCAUAACCACCCGCUCAUAGGCCGUUUUGUAAUACCUCAAGUGUGACGUGUCAAGGGACUGUUUGGAAGCUAAACACCACAGAAGGUUUGUUUGAUGGCCAGAAUGUCAAACUCUAAAAGUGAAAACAAACAAGACCUAUAAAAAAUUUGCAUGGAAAUAUUGAUAUUACCAUCUUCAUCCAUUCAUCAAAAUAAUCUGGAUUUCUUCAUUUUCAAUUUCAAUUUCAAUUUUGAUUUCAUUCGAUGAUCAAAGAUCCUAGAUGCCGGGAGUAAUUAGAGACGUUGAUUUGCAAAUGAAAUUGCAUAGGAAUAGAGAAUUUUACGAUUACAAUCUUGACGAUGGAAGAAAGGAAUUGAAGCUUUCGUCAACAGUUAGGGUUCUAUCGCCUUCGUCUUCUACUGGUUCGUCUUCCGCUUCAUGUUCGCCUAACGGAAGCAUUAUUUCAUUAGGUCUUGGUGGAUGUAAUAAUUACAUACAGCAUUACGUCUCCAAAAUGGAUACACUAGCAGGCAUUGCGAUUAUGUACGGUGUUGAGGUAACUGAUAUUAAGAGGAUAAAUGGCCUCAUGACGGAUAGACAAAUGUUUGCUCUAAAGUCAAUUCAUAUACCACUUCCAGGAAAACACCCUCCAUCUCCUACUUUAUCAAGAAGUUUUGAUGAUCAAUGUAAUGGUGUGGAUAGAUCAGAAUUACAGGUCAGAGGUUGUCGUAGGAGCUCUGAUUUACUUACAUCUUUCCAGUCACUACAAUUGAAUUCAUCGUCUCCUGAUCAUAGUCAUAAUCAUAGAGAGGUUUCUCCAGCUAUGAGUAUCUUACAAAGCUUCUAUGGCCUUAAGCCAACAAGAGAAGAAAAAGUUUGCUCUGAAAUGAUGCACAACAAAGAAGGAGAUAGUUCUCAGUAUUUAGAAUUAGAUUCACCAUCUUGUUCUAAUCCACACUUAAGCCAUCGCAGAAGAUCCAAAAGCAUAGAUUACAGUCUGUCAGAAAAUGGAAAGUCGAGUAACACAGAUGAUGACAAUGCGGUUACAGCUGAUUCAAUUACCAACUCUGAUAGAAGAUGUCAAGCACCCGUAAUAGAUUUUGGUUCUUUGAUACCAGAGAAGCCACUGAAAGAGGACUGCGGUAGAGAAUAUUCAGCAAUUGCUGGAACAGGUUUGGCGCUUAGAUCUAAAGCAGCCAGUAGGAAUAUGAUUGCUUCGGGAAUUGAACCAUCAUCAGAUGGUUCUUCGGGUAGGACAUUAAUUAAUCCAAGUCCUAUAAGAUUAGGAAACUCCUGUGGGGCAGACGGGUGCAUUGAGGUAAGGAAGUCUUGUAGUUUGUCUAGUAUCCAGGAUCAGGACAACAACAGUUCAUCUUCUUCAUCAAUCUGGCCAAAAUCUAAAUGGAGAUUGAAAUCAGACCGUCAACUCCUCUCAACUGCUGUCAUUGCCAAACCAAUCUUUGAUGGCUUCCCAAAGCCUAUAGUGGGGAGGAGAAACAAAGCAGCACUCGAUUAGUAUGUUCAUUUGUUCCAUCUCACACAAUUCCUCCAUUAAUCUGUUUUCCUUUCUUCUUUGAACAUGCUCAUACAAGAUAUAUAGAAGACUACAUACAUAUAGAUAGAAAUAAGAAGCCUUAUUAGCAUCUUUUUUUUCCCUCUCAUACAAUUCCCUCCAUUAAUCUGAUGGUUGAUUUUUGUUAGGAGUAUGCAAUUCUUAAGCAGCUAGUUGUUUGGUAUAUAUAU